AUGAAGGAACAUACAUGCUCUCACACACCUGGGACGCUCUACUGCAAGGACCAGCGGGCAGCGGGGGGCGUGGUCAACCUGACAGACCUGCCAGUUGUCAGGUUGACCACGCCCCAAGAGGAACUCCACGAAAAGACAGGUCACAGCGAUCAGCUGACACCUCUGAAGAAGACUGAAGUUGUCGGUCGAAACAUGACAGCUCAGGGGGAGCUUCAGGAGACAGAGACCACAAAGACAACCACAGCUGACAUCUUGGCGGAGAUGAGGGCUCUGAGAGACAUGGUGGUGGAGCUCAACCUGCAAGUGGAGCUGCUGCAGAAAGAGAACACAGAGAGAAAGGUGGCCUUUUACACAGGUCUGACUGAUGGCGGACAAGUUGGAAAAUUCAACACAGACUUCCCACUGAAAUACAGCAAAGUCUUCACCAACAUCGGCGGUGCUUACAAUCCAUCUACAGGUUUCUUCACAGCUCCAGUCAGAGGGGUCUACUACUUCCAGUUCACUAUGAAUGGUUAUCAACCAGGUAACAUGGGUGUCUAUGUGUACAAGAACAACGAGAGGAUCAUGUAUAAUGUUGAGAUUAAGGAAGAGAAAGGUAAUGAAUACAUGACCAACUCUGUUGUCUUGGAGCUGAUGGCAGGAGAUGAAAUCUACCUCGUUCUCCCACGACUCUGUUCUCUCUGGGACAGUUCAUACAACCACAACACCUUCAGCGGCUCCCUCCUCUUCACACUGUGAGGAUUCCUUCAGGCUGCUGUGUGACUCCUUAUUGGCUACACUGUGAUUUACUGCAUGUA